ACGUGAAAGCGUGUUUCCGUUCGCAGGCAGCAGCUUCAGUCUGGUGUGGAGGAUGAGCUCAGGCAAUGGGACCAGGGGGAAAGUCCGCAAGCUGCAGCAUUUCAACAACAUGGUGGCGUUUGAUGCCGAAACACUGGCUGAGAUUCAAGGUCUUUUUGGUAAAAUUAGAACCUACGUGAAACCUUCCAGUGGGGAGUGGUGCAUCCCUGACCCAAAUGUCGCUCUCAGACACCCUGCGGAGGAGCACGGUCGGCUGCAGGCCCUGAAGGCAUCACUGAACGAUGUAAAGAACCAGCUCAGUGACAAGAACGUUCAAGUCUGGCAUCAGCACACCAACUUUACCAAUCGAGCCGGGAAGGUGAUCACCACCGUACGUUCUGCUGCCAACGCAGAGAUCUGCACUCAGGCAUGGUGCAAGUUCUUCGAGAUCCUGGGAACCUUUAAUCUUCUUCCAGAGGAGGCUCUUCAAAAUGGAGAGCUGAACACAGUCCACCUGUGUGAAGCUCCAGGGGCCUUUAUAACCGCUCUGAACCACUACAUCAAAACCAGCGAGUCCACACGCUACGUUGACUGGAGUUGGGCCGCUAACACUCUAAACCCGUACCACGAGGCUAACGGUGGCAGCACGACGAUCGCAGAUGAUCGGUUAAUUGCUAACACGCUGCCCUGGUGGUUCUUUGGCUCAGACAACACAGGCAACAUCAUGAUCCAGAAACAUUUGUUGGAGCUGCAGGCGUUUGUGGCUAACAUGCGUAGCGUUGAUGUGGUGACGGCAGAUGGAAGUUUUGACUGUCAGGAGAAGCCAGACGAGCAGGAAGCGCUGGUGGCUUCACUGCAUUACUGCGAGGCCACAGCUGCACUGCUGCUCCUGAGCCCCGGUGGCUCCUUUGUACUGAAGAUGUUUACCCUGUAUGAACACUCCUCCGUCUGCCUUCUUUACCUGCUGAACUGCUGUUUCCGCUCUGUCAACGUCUUCAAACCCGCCACCAGCAAGGCAGGCAACUCUGAGGUUUACGUUGUUUGUCUGAACUAUGACGGGAAGGAAGCCGUGAGGCCUCUGCUCUCCAAACUGAUUCGUAACUACGGACCACAGCUGACUGACCGAGAGGCCCUUUUCCCAAACUCGCUUAUCCCGGAGUCGUUUCUGAAACAGCACGAAGAAGUGUGCUCGUACUUCCACACUCUGCAGGUGGAGACGAUCACAGAAAACCUGCAGCUGUUUGAGGGAAUGAGCCCCGAGCAGAGGCAGCGGCUUGACUACAUCAGGGACUGUAUGGCUCAGGAAUACCUGCAACGCUUCCAGGUGAGCUUCCUGCAGCGAAGUCGAUGGAUCUCUCGUAACACGGUGAGUCCCGCCUGCUGCAACGUCUCAGCAGGCCGACCUUUGGGACAGAAGAAGCAAACAGGCUCAUUCAAUGAGCGGAGGGAAUUGCAGACCCUGACCUGGAGGGAGCGCAUCGAGAGGGGUUGCCAUGCCACCUGGAUACAGAGACAUUUCACAGAGGCCAGUGGGACAGGCUGCAUGCUCGAAGGACCCCUGACUGGGUGUCAUGUGGAUUCAUGGUAUGUUAUCAUUGGGGCUGCACUUCCUGCAGUCAGAAACUCUCCGUUCUGUGAGGGAGGAUUGUUAAACCACCUGAAUGAAGCCCUGAUGGACACAACAGUAGACUGGAAUCGUGUGCCUCCCUGUAACUCUUGCCAUGUGGCUUGCAUGGCGUCCAUCUUAUCCGAUGUUGCAAGUCUUUGCGUUUGUACAGCUGAGGGGAAUGGGAACAAAAAGCAGAGACAGUGUUUGGUGUUUGGCAGCCGCACAGUGUGGGGUCCCUGUGAAAGCCAACUGGGGGAUUUAGUCUUAACGUUUUCUGCAGAGCCUUCAGUUCCUCAAAGAGGCUGCAUCACGCUGCAUGACGGGGAGCCGCUGUACCAGCAGCAGCUCUUAGGUUGUGUUGUGUUUUCCCUGCAGACCCUGAACUCUGGGGAUGCCCUGCUGCUCCCUGUGUUGUCUGCACUCACCCGCCUCACCGCAGCUGUUGUGCUCUGCCUGCAUGUUUGUUUUCGCUCAGUCACUUUCAGGUGUCCGCCCCCCUCAGGCUUCGUCGGGACAGUGCUGGUGUGUGUUGGCUUCUGCCCUGAUGCUGCAGCACGAAUACUCCCCAUUCUCACUGACGUCCAUAACAGCAUUGGUCAGUUGUUGAGAGGAAAGGAGGACUCAGGUAAAAAUCUGCCGUCUGGGUGUGACAGACAGGUGCUGCAGUUUGUUCCCAUGGAGGAACUGCUCAGGGGAGGACUGACUGAGUUCUUGCGGACCAUGAACUCUGAAAUCAUCCGACAGAAGCUGCAUUUGCUCAUGCAAUCAUAGUGCAGUGUAGUGAGCUGUGACUGCGGGGUACAUGCUAUCUCUACAGAAGCUGUGUCAUUAUGUCGCAGUCUGUUUUAUUCCCAUUGAAUGAGCAGACUGUUCAGCUACACCGAAUCAUUAUUGUAUGCACAUACUUAAAGAGUGCUCCACAGAUACAGCAUUGCACUGCUUUAACAUUGUCAGACUCACAGCGGACAGUUUCCACAAUUGAUGCAGCAUAAGCCGAAACAUCAUCUUUUUUACUCCGUGCAUUUUAACCACAAUGCAACUCAACCAUUCACACAUUAAUCAGAGGUUUGAGUGUGUUAUUCUAGUAGCAGCUAAUGUAGCCUCUAGCUGCUCGGCUCAAGCAGAGAUGAGUGGUGGCUACAGAGGUUUGGUAAGCUCCACAUCUCCAGAUUAGUUUUCAUUUUUAAACUUUUAGUUUUCAGUCCCAACUGAGUGCAUAAAUUGACAUUAUAUGUGCUGAUGUGUCUCUGACAAGCUGAAAUUCGACAAUAUUAUGUUGGUGAAGAUUCUCAGUCAUCUAGGUCAUGGUAAUCCGAAAUGCUAUAUCAUAGGCAACUGGACUUGCUUGAGUUUCUUGAAGACGUUUCACCUCUCAUCCAAGAGGCUUCUUCAGUUUUGAACUGAGAACUGAGAGGUGAAACGUCUUCAAGAAACUCAAGCAAGUCCAGUCGCUUACGUUAGAGCACUUAGGACAGACAAUAUUAACCGCCACACCGAUGUAUCAGUUGGGCUUUGAUGCAGAGGUCCAACCUGUGAUGUUAGAUCAAGGUUCCUGCGCAUCCUUAGAAAGUUUUAAAAGGCAACGGAAUUAUUUAUCUAAAAAUAAGGCCUUGAUUCAGUGUUUUUUAUGUGUUCCACUCUAGAAAGUUUUAUUUUUCUAUUUAGCAUUUAUAGUUGAUCAUCUAAAAAAGUCAUGUUUUAUAUUACACUAAACAUUUGGGCAAAAUUGUUGUUGUAAAAUAUGUUGAUUCUUUAGCUUUUUCAUCUCAGUUUUGGUUGUUGUUGUUGUUUGGUUGUCUUAAAUUUCAUACCAAGUGCCAUUAAAAAAAUCUUAAAUUGACUUAAAUCAAACUUGCCUAAAGCUGUAGGAGCUCUGUAAACACUGUAACGAUAGCCUCCACAUCACUAGUUAAAGACAUCCUUAUUAUGUCAGUGCCAACAAAAUAACCAUGUGCUACACACAAAGCUUUUGUCAACCUGCAGGCGAGAACAACUGAUGAUACAAACUUGCAGUGCAUGAAAAUGCGUAUUACUUUCAGGACUUGAUCAGCAGAACUCAUGUGUGACUGAAUUCACAGAGGAUUUUAGGGAGGGUGAAUAAACAGUAGUCCAACCCUCGGCAGCAAACCUCCUGUCAGUCACAGAUGGUUUGUGUCGAAAUCCCUAUCACAGAGACCCUGGAGUUUUACUCUGAAGUGCCUUUUGUGGUUUACAGCACAUUAUUUCAUCCAAGGAUGUUGAGGAUCUUUUUGUAUUUUGCUGUCAUGCAGCUAAUUGGUGGCUUCCUGAUUUACAAUUUAUUUCACUAUUUUGUGUCAAGUAAGAAAAAUUCUGUCCCCAUAUUAAAGGGCAGCCUGUGUGCAUUUAUACUAUAUGAGCUACUAACUGAGGAGCUGUUGAGAAAAGAAUCAUCUAUUAGCUUCAGUAAAAAUAUGCUGUAUUUUGUAUUUGUAGUUUUUUAUUUUUGGUUUUUGGUUCAUCAUGUCAGUACAGUGUAUUGAGGAAUUUAUUUUCUUACACAAACAGAAUAAAAAUGUGCACUAA